CAGUCGCUGCUGUUGUAAAGGUGUGUAGAUUUUGUAGAAAUCCCACAGUUAUCGUCUCCGAGAUUAUCCGCUACCAAAACAAAACAGCGCCAGACAGUCGUCAUCAGGGGAAUAAAAGCAGAUGGAAGAACAACAACAAAACAAGAGAUUGUCGUCGUGCCUGCGUAAAUUUAGUUCGCUCAGAGCCAUAAUCCCAGCAGCGACCUUUACACAUGCCUGCCUGUGUAACAGCAUGAUGACCUUACAUGGAUGGGUUUACUUCUAAUUUAGCUGUCUGAGGCAGAGGAGCUCUUACAUCAACUCCUCGUAUCGGUGGAGAUUUCCCAGGAUGUUAUGUUCUGCUGGAAGUUUUCCUUUACUCUGCAACGUUUCUGUUAUUUUACUGCCUAUGUUUUUUUCUUUGUAGGUGAUGCAUUCAAGGGGUUAUUCUACAUGAAGGAUGCCAUCAUACAGGAUAAAGCAUGCUCAAGUACCAGAAUUUCGCUGACAGUUUGGACAGACUUGUGUCCUCAGAUUUCUUUUACCUCUGCCAAAAAAUAUUUCAGAACAUUUGUUCUAAAAAGGCAACCAAAUAAAUUAUGUGAAUGGACUAUUUUUCCACUUUGUAUAACCAAAUGGACCGUGUUUUUGUGCUGAAGAAUGUACGGGGUUCAUGCUAAGCGAAUAGAUCGACUAGUCAGAAGCGUGAAGGAAACCAGCCAAAGGAAAAGAGGACAGUGAAGAUCGGGUCAAAGAUGCUUCAGACUGGAAACUACUCACUGGUGCUCCUAAUCCAACUGGUCCUGCUGGCCUAUGACCUCUUCGUUAAUUCCUUUAGUGAACUUCUGAGAGGAGCUCCUGUCAUCCAACUUGUGCUUUUCAUCAUCCAGGACAUCGCCAUCUUGUUCAACGUCAUCAUCAUCCUCCUGAUGAUGUUCAACACCUACGUCUUCCAGGUCGGCCUUGUGUCUGUGCUGCUGGGCAGAUUCAGGGCUCUGCUCCUUUUCUCCGCUCUCUACCUGACCCUCAGCAUCUGCUUCCACUGCUGGGUGUUGAACCUAAGAUGGCUCGACUCGAACCGUUUUGUGUGGACAGAUGGUCUUCUGGCUCUCUUUGUUUUCCAGAGAACAGCGGCUGUGUUGUACUACUACUUAUACAAGCGCACAGCGGAGCACAUGGGGGACCCGAGGCUGUAUGAGGACUCUAUGUGGCUGCGUGAUCAAUUUGCCAGAGCUCGUCAGUGACAACGGGACAGUGUCGAGAGAAACAAUAAAGGCUCCUUGUGGAAACUGCCAAGACUGGGCAUGCUCACCAGUGACUGAUAUCUGAAUGAUUUCCUUAGAUUUUAUGCUUGUAAUGUGUUGAACUCAAAGAGAAUUGCCAUUGAGCAGAGAUUGAACUCACGCUCUGUUAGUGAAUGACUCAGAGUAUCACAGUUUGUUUUUAUCUGGCUCCUCAAAGUGAGGCAGACAGGCAGUUAAAUGGUUUACACUGGCAGGCAAACCAAGGAUGGUACAUGUAGUAUAGUAUUAAUCAGGAUUGAGCCUGUUAAUCUUUGUGGCCUUUUUAAAAACAAUCUACUACACACUUACUGCAAACGAAAGAAAGAUAAAAGUUUGGCCUGCCUUCAUUUAAUUUUAUGUUUUGUACCCAUUGACUCUAAGAUGUAGUCCUUGUCCAUUUGGUAGAAUUUUAUUAUUUCCCUCAAAGAAAGCAAUCAGAUGUUUUUGUUUGCCUUAAUAAAAUGUUAGCCUGUGCUGUUUACAUUGUAAAAGUGAGUUAAACAAGCCAAUUUCUAUGUGAACUUUGUUGGGUUUUUAGUUGGAAUCUUUGUAUGUGUUCAAUGUUUUUUUUUUAUUAAAUAAUCCUCAUCUAA